AACAUACAUUGGGAGGGUUUGCUACCACAAUAAUCUCAAAGGAACAAAAAUGUUAACCAGUGUGUGACCAAAUCAAUAUCAAUUCCAGAAAUGGCGGCAACGACCAUAUCCUCCUUCCUUACAACAACAACAACUACUACUACCACCACUACUAGGAAAGGUCUAUUAUUCCCGUUGUCGUCAUCUUUGGUAACCGGAAGCAGGAGGAUCGAUCGAUUUUCACUCAAGAGCACCCCAACAGACAACACUAGUCAGCUAGUCUCUUCUUCUUCUCCUUCUCCAUCGAGUUCGUUAGAUUCUUCUGCUUCGGAUGUUGUUAGAAAGUUCUACGACGGAAUUAACUCCCGCAACCUCUCAACUGUGGUGGAUCUCAUUGCCCACGACUGCGUGUACGAAGACCUCGUUUUUUCCCAACCCUUCGUUGGUCGCAAGGCUAUACUAGAAUUUUUUGAGAAGUUCAUAUAUACUAUCAGCCAAGAUCUACAGUUUGCUAUUGAUGAUAUAUCUGGUGAGGAUACAUCAGCUGUUGGAGUGACUUGGCACUUAGAAUGGAGGGGAAAACCUUUUCCAUUCAGUAAAGGAUGCAGUUUUUAUAGGUUAAAAGUGGAGGACGGGCGCCGCAAAAUAAUUUAUGGUAGAGACAUCGUGGAGCCUGCAGCAAAGCCCGGAGACUUUGCUUUGGUUGCCAUUAGAAGUGUGACAUGGUUGCUAGAACAAUUUCCACAGUUAGCAGAGCGGUUUUAGGUUUCUGCUGUGCUCAUGGCAUACAUGUAAACAAAUUGGUAGUGGAAGCUAUUAAUUGUUGAUAAAUGAUGAGUUGUAAGGUGUUCUAAAACAUCAUGGCCGGCCCGGGUGGGCGUCCGGUCAGGGCCCAAUAUUUCGAAGGGCACGUUAUUUUAUGAAAAAAACCCGAUUUGUAUAUGUUAAAUAUUUUUUUUAAUAAGGUA